AACAUCAGUAUUGCAAUGCGACACUAUAUCUGGAUUUUGUGCAUCGCAGUUCAACUUUCCAUUUGCGGAGCCUGCAACAGCGAACCCAAACAGGUCAUCGCCUUCUUAGAGGAUUCUCAGUGGGAAGACGUCGAGAAAAAUGUGACAUUGAUACCGAUGGUCGGGCAUGUGGAUGUGACUAUGAAUGAAAUGCCACCCGAAUGCAAGGAACAACUUGAACGACGAAUGGAAACGAGGUGCUCAAGGCGGGCCUCUGGAUAUGAUCUCAAACCUGAAGACUUUCAAGGUUGCCACUUUAUAUGUAGGGGAUAUCAACAAGGAGGAACGGUUACAGUAGAACAGCGCGUUGAUCUGAAAAAUGGCACACCUUGUGGACCGCGCGGGGAGAGAUGUUUAAAUGGAGAGUGCGUAAGUAGACGUCCGGAAACCAUGUGCUCCGUAAGCUUCGUCCCGCCUGUGUGGCCUGAGCCAGGAGCACCGGCACCAAAGUAA